GAGAGGCAUCGGCCCCCAAGGGGGGCUUCCUCAGGCAGCUUCUGACGCCCCUGCAUGGCUGCGACCCACCGAGCGGAGCGUCGCCGCCGCUGAGACCUGGUGCCCUUCGACGGCCUGGCGAAUCCGGGACCCUGCUGCAGAGCACGCCCCUCCACGGGCAUCCGGCUCAGCCAUGCUGGCCUGUCUCCAGAGGACCCAGAACCCACCGGGCCAACACCUGGCCUGCCCGAGCAAGAGCCUGGAGCUGCGCAAGUCCUUCCCUGACGGCCUGCGGCACAUCCGCCCACCCCCGGCCUCGCCUCCGCAGCCCACCACCUGCUGCGUGUGUCUCGCCCACCACCACUUGCCCGCGUUAGCAGAAGGCGAGACGGCCGCCAGCCCCAUGCAUUCCUCCCGCUACCCGAGCCCGGCCGAGCUGGACGCCUACGCCGAGAAGGUGGCCAACAACCCGCUCUCCAUCAAGAUCUUCCCCACCAACAUCCGCGUGCCCCAGCACAAGCACCUCGGCCGCACUGUCAACGGCUAUGACACCAGCGGGCAGCGCUACAGCCCCUACCCACCGCACACCGCCGGCUACCAGGGCCUGCUGGCCAUCGUCAAGGCCGCCGUCUCCUCCUCCAACGUGGCCGCACCCAUGGGGCCCGCCAAGAGCGUGCUCAAGAGCGCGGAGGGCAAGCGGACCAAGCUGUCGCCGGCUACCGUGCAGGUGGGCAUCGCGCCCUACCCGGCCCCCAGCACCCUGGGGCCCCUGGCCUACCCCAAGCCGCCCGAGGCGCCUGCCCCGCCACCUGGCCUGCCCGCGGCCGCCGCCGCCACCGCCUCCGUCAUUCCCCUGCCCGGCCGCGGCCUGCCCCUGCCGCCUUCCAACCUGCCCUCCAUCCACAGCAUCCUCUACCAGCUCAACCAGCAGUGCCAGGUCCCGGGCGCUGUGCCCGCCACCUGCCAGGGCGUGGCCGUCCCCCACCCCAGCCCAGCCCAGCACGGCCCCGUGCCCAGCUUCCCCAGCAUGGCCUACUCGGCCGCCGCCGGGCUGCCUGACUGCCGGAAAGGCCCGGAGCUGGGCACGGGCACCACGCCAGCCUUGGCGUUGGCUGGGGCCACCAAGCCUGCAGGGUAUGUGGACAGUGGCCUGGAUUACCUGCUGUGGCCACAGAAGCCGCCCCCACCGCCGCCCCAGCCGCUGCGUGCCUACAGUGGCGGCACAGUGGCCAGCAAGUCCCCAGAGGCAUGUGGGGGACGGGCGUACGAGCGGGCCAGUGGGUCACCCCUCAGCUGCAGCAUGGGGCUGCCCGCCGGCUUUGCUGUGGGUCAGUACUUUGCCGCCCCCUGGAACAGCGUGCUGGUGACCCCCACCAGCGACUGCUACAACCCAGCUGCAGCGGCCGUGGCGGUGACCGAGCUGGGGCCGGGGGCGGCCCGGGAGCUGGCAGGGGCCCCCACGGAUGCCCUGGCGGGCCUGCCCAGCAAGAGUGUGUGCAACACGUCAGUGCUGAGCAGCAGCCUGCAGUCGCUGGAGUAUCUCAUCAACGACAUCCGGCCGCCCUGCAUCAAGGAGCAGAUGCUGGGCAAGGGCUACGAGACAGUGGCCGUGCCCCGACUCCUUGACCACCAGCACGCCCACAUCCGCCUGCCCGUCUACAGAUAAGGGCUGCCUGGCAGACGCGGGGACGGGUGGAGGGGGCACCAAGAGAGGAGGCAGGCCACAGGCAGGUGGGUGGUCUGCAGGGUGCCCAGGGAAACCAGGCCUGCGGCUGUCACAGUGCUGCCCGAUGCGGGGGUAGCAGGGCAACCUCAUGCACCAAACCCACCCCACGCUCCACCCCCAAUUGGCUGCCCCAGGACACAGGAGGGCCCAGGGCAGGCACUGAGGUCUGCACCUUCGUCUCCCCAAGCUGGAAGCGGCAAGGAGAGAGAAACCACUUGAAAAUGGGAAUGGUUCUUUCCCGCUCUCCUGGGAGAGGGGUUUGGGCCGGCAGGGGGGGGGAUGUGGGAGGAACUGUGACGCUCCAGAGUUGGGAUGGAGUCAGAGCAGCCCCUGGGGUACAGAGAGCUGGGUUCCUUCCCCCAGGAGCCCCUAGCCUCCAGGAAAAGGCACAAAGGGGGUCCUAUAAGAAGUCACUGGUCCACACUGGCCCCUAAGGGCCAAUCUGGGUCAAGACCACUCUGACAGAGGCCCCAGGGUCUACCUGUCCCCCCCGCUCCCACCCCGAAUUCCUUCUUAACAAAGACUCACACCCCCCUCCCCAGUCUCCAAACCCAGGACUACUACCUUUCUCCUUCCCUCCAGUACAUCUUACAGGGCUGCCGGGCACAGUUGUGCAAGCUGUACACUGCACAAGGGCACCUCAUCCAAGGGGAUGCUAUUCACACCCUAGACUUGUAUAUUUAUUGAGACAAUUUUCUGCAUCUUGAGGAAGGGGCACCAUUUUUACACUCACACAAAGGCGCUGUGGGGGCUAGCAGUGGGUCUGCUGUCUUAGAACCUGUUUCACAGGGAUCCUACCCUGCUUUCUUUGGGGAUCUCCUGGGAGCCAGCAAGGGGGCAACUAACUGGUUUUAGUUGGGAGACCCAAUCUGACUCCUUUCCUGCAAACCAACCUCCAAGGCCCGCCCUACCCCAUCAGGUGGAGACUGAGGGCAGGGCGGCCUCCUGCAGGCCCCAAGGCCCAAAUUCCCCACGUCCUCUCCCCACCCCCGCCCCUCGAUGGCACCCCGGAAGCGGUACUGUAUCUCUCUCCAAGGCCUGUUCAAGCACUAAGUGCAUUUACAAAUCUCUGAGAAUGUUUUUUUUUAUACUAAAAUUGACCAUUAUAUUCUACUGUGAGAAGUGCAGUCUGCACUAUAUUGUUUUAAAAGCAAAGAGAAAGAAAAAAAAGGAAAACACAGAUGGUG